ACCUAAAAAAGAGAAAAAGAAAAAGAAAGAAACAAGGAAGAAUUUCAAGGGUUUUGGGUCGGGGGUUUUACCAAUUCUGGAGCGGAAGCUCUUCUCACCAACUUCCAACUCCUGCGCCGUCGUGCCUCCCCCGCCAACAAAUUCAGAUUCUCACGCUCCCCGCAAAAGUGAUAGCAUUCAGCUUCAUCGAAGCAUUUCCCCUCCAAUAAAAGAUCAAACGUCAUGUGGUAUCUAUGCGUCUUCUACCACAGGUUGUUGGAAUACAGGAAAGCCGAGUUCGAGUCCCUCGCCGGACUUUUUGAGGGCCGCAGCGGCGCUACCCGUCUCCAAUGGCGGCUGCCGGAGGACCACCACCCGGAUUCACCGUUUCAUUUCGUCGAUCUUGCGUCCGAAGAGACGGCCCGAUUCAUUGCCAAUCGAAGUAUUCUUGUGAAGGGCAUAUACGAAGUUUGGGGCGAAGGAAGAAAUUUUGAGGAACUGGAGGAGGCUGUCAGAAGCUAUCCAGAUGAGCAGAAGACGCUCUACUUGACUCCUGGCAGCACAUUCAGAAUCACUGUUGAAAGUUUUGGAAAAGCCAUAAGCUUCCACGAGCAAAGCGAACGGAUCGAGAAGUUGGCGUUCGUUCCGUUUCAGGGACGGGUGAAUCUACGGAAUCCUGAUCAUAAAUUCUGUCUUAUUGAUAACGAUGAUUAUGGAGAUAAAAAUGGACUUCCUCCUGCAUCUCAAAGGAGAAUCUUUUUUGGCCGGGAGGUAGGUGCUUCUGAUAGGAAGAUAUUGCAAACUUAUCAGCUAAAAAGCCGCAAAUAUCUUGGCCCAACAGCCAUGGAUGCAGAAAUAGCUUUCCUGAUGGCAAAUCAAGCACAGGUCAAACCUGGAAAACUGGUGUAUGAUCCUUUUGUUGGUACAGGAAGUAUUCUAAUUGCGGCUGCUCAUUUUGGAGCAAUGACAAUGGGUGCAGAUAUUGACAUUCGGGUAGUGCGUGAUGGUCGUGGUCCUGAUUGCAAUGUCUGGAGCAAUUUUAAGCAGUAUGGACUGCCAAUGCCGGUAUCUUUAUUAAGGGCUGAUAAUAACCUUCCCCCAUGGCGUGCUGAUUUAAAAGAGGUGUUGGAUGCCAUAAUUUGUGAUCCUCCUUACGGGGUUCGUGCCGGGGGACGCAAGUCCGGUGGGCGUAAGCUCUUAAAAGGUGCUGUAGAUCCUUACACAGUUCCUGAUGACAAAAGGACAGACCACAUACCCUCUACUGCUCCUUACAGCCUAGUGGAGUGCGUGCACGAUUUGCUUGACCUCGCCGCUAGGAUGCUUGUGAUGGGUGGGCGUCUCGUCUACUUCUACCCUGUCUUGAGAGAUGAGGACUCACCGGACCCAACCUUCCCGGACCACCCCUGUUUUGAAUCAGUCGCGACAUGCGAACAGAUACUCAGCUUCAGAUACAGCAGGGUCUUGCUAACCAUGGUUAAAGUUGCACCAUACACCGAAGAGAUUGAGUCAGCGGCGAGGCUCAGACACGUGGAGUUCAAAGAGAACCACCUCAAGUGGUUAGAAGAUGGCAACUUGCAUUCAGCAGUUUUUAGCCCUGCUGAUGUAACGGGUGAAAAGUUCAGCGCCAAACCUAGAUACAGAGGCAAAUAUGUUUAGGUCAGAUAUAUUGGUUUUAUCACUUCAUGUUUUGUUUGUAACUGUAAUACUAAUACUGAUGAAUUCUCUUAGGAAGUUUUGAAGAGGAGUGAGUGCUCUAUAGAUAGUUAACGCUCUUUUAGUCGGUACGGAAACUAGUUCGUGAUAGUAACCUAAUUUAUUUUUAAAUUUUCA